UCAGCCGCGUCCCUGUCUGUCUGUCUGUCUGUGUGUCUGUCUGUGUCUGAGGCGCUCACAUUAGACAGAUGACCUCUUUUUACGACGAGAAAGAUUUGGAGGAAGAGCUCAGUGGAGUGAACUACCCUGAUGAGGACCUGCAGUUUGAGUAUCUGUUUGAAUAUGAACCGCCUUGCAGCGACUUUGCUGCGGGAGACCAAGAUGACCCGAACCUCGCACCCCACAAAGUCCUCAGCCCUGAGUCUGAGCAGGCUUUCCCUCUGGAAGAGGCCUCUCCAUACGGCAUCAAGUCCUGCAGCCCCUCCUACAGUGAACACAACACUGAGGUUCUCUCGGGAUAUGACAACCAGGAGGCCCGACACUACCUGGAUAGCACCCGGCCUGUGGGCCUCGCUCUGAGCCCGAGGAUUGAAAUCACGCCGUCCCGUGAGCAUUACAACUAUGUUCGGGACUCCCUGCAGAACCACCACCUGAACAAUAGCCCGAGACCCACCCUCACUGUUCCUGGCCAUGAAAGCCUUGCCUACCGCGAGCCCCAGUGCCUGAGUCCGGCCAGCAGCAACUCCUCCACCAGCUGGCACUCGGAGAGCUACUCCCCCUGGGCGUCUCCUUGUGUGUCCCCCAGCAGUGGCCAGAACCCUGGAGACCUCUGCCCCCGAUUGCAGAAUAUCCACACUGGCUCCCCGCGCACCUCCCCAGGUACGUCUCCUCACACCAGCUUAGCUGACGACGGCCUGGGACACCGCUCACCCUCACCCAGACCUGGCUCCCGCUCCGCCUCACCGCAGGGCAAACGCACCUACGAAAUGUACAGGAACCCAGGCUUAGUCCCUGGACACCGCUCCCGCAGUCCCUCCCCCCACAGUGGCCAUGAAGAUCACAACAUAGGUGCCCACUAUACUCACAGCAGCCUUGUCGAUACCAUGAAUGGUUUUGGCACCGGUCAGCCAGGCCUGGUGCCCACUAAAAUAGUCAAGACCUCCAACCAGGUUUACACUCUGUACCCAGAGAACCAUGUUGAAAGCAACUACUUGGUUUCCAACGACCAGGACAUGAAAACCAAACCCCCAACAGAGCCCUUCUUUGUUAUCCCCCCAAUCUGGUCCAAGCCGCUGGUUUCCAGCAUCUGCAGCAUCCCCAUGGCCUCUCUUCCUCCACUGGAAUGGCCGAUCCCCAGUCACACAGACCAGUAUGAGCUCAGCAUUGAGGUGCAGCCCAAGCCGCACCACAGAGCUCACUAUGAGACGGAGGGAAGCAGGGGUGCAGUCAAAGCCCCUACAGGAGGUCAUCCUGUUAUACAGUUGCAUGGUUAUAGAGGCAAGGAGCCACUUGCCCUGCAAAUCUUCAUCGGUACAGCAGACGAGCGCAUCCUCAAGCCUCACGCCUUUUAUCAAGUCCACCGCAUCACUGGCAAGACGGUCACGACCACCAGCUUCGAGAAGAUCGUCAAUGGCACCAAAGUCCUCGAGAUCCCCCUGGAGCCAAAGAACAACAUGAAAGCAAUAAUUGACUGCGCUGGGAUCCUGAAGCUCAGGAACGCUGACAUCGAGCUGAGGAAGGGCGAGACAGACGUUGGCCGGAAAAACACCCGGGUCCGUCUGGUGUUUCGUGUGCAUAUACCUCAGCCUGGAGGACAGCACCUCUCUCUCCAAGUGGCCUCAAACCCCGUCGAGUGCUCUCAGCGUUCAGCACAUGAGCUUCCCAUGGUGGAGAAGCAGGACAUGGACAGCUGCUCUGUUCUGGGCGGCCAGCAGAUGAUCCUGACUGGGCAGAACUUCAGCUCCGAUUCCAAGGUCAUUUUUACGGAGAAACGCCAGGAUGGGCAGCAAAUUUGGGAAAUGGAAGCAACGGUUGACAAAGAUAAGAGCCAGCCUAGUAUGCUGUUUGUGGAGGUGCCGUCCUACCGAGACACGUCUGUCUGCCAUUCAGUCAAAGUGAACUUUUACGUCAUCAACGGCAAGAGGAAGCGCAGCCAGCCUCAACACUUCACCUACACACCACUGGCAUCUCCGUCCAUCAAGACAGAGCCCAUAGAUGAGUAUGAACCGGACCACAUGGGCUUUGCUAUUCCUCAGAUCUUAGGCUUAUCCCCCCAUUCGUACUACCAUAAUCCGCGCAGCGUCGUCCACCCAGACAGCAGCCUGGUGUCCAGUAUGGCCUCCUGCCAGCGUCUCAGCUCAAGCCUUCCAAACCAAGACACGCGUUUCCAGCAGCAGAGCCCGGCCAUUGUCUUCUCUCGCGGGGGCAAGAGUCUGAGUGGCAGCCCCAGCCUUUAUCAACAGACUGGAGGGAUGAUGCCAGACCCCCACCGGUCAGUCCUGGUCCACACAGGCACCCCAACUCAAUCCGUAGGUCCCAUUGGUGCAGGCCAGCACCCUUCGAUCAUCCAGUUUUCCCCCACCAACCACCACCUUCUUCGGGUAGCAGACCCUCAACCUCUCGCCGCCCUUCAGCCUGACACCCAGCAGAUCAUAUACUGCGACGGCUACUCUCCACAGGCAGCCACUGCCCACUCGCCCACACCUCCUCAGGCUCAGGCAGCGGUGACCCACCCUCAGCACUAUCCGACUGUGAUCCAGCAGCAGCCCUGUGUGCAGAAGGGGCAGCAGAAAAGUCGGGCUCCAACCGACGGCGGGCAGAUGGAGGCUCCAGGAGACUCGCAGAGGAGGGUGACCGUCAAAGAGGAGAACCUGGACCAGGCCUACCUAGAUGAUGGUGAGUUGAAUGAGAUCAUAAGAAAGGAUCUGACCGGCGUCCACGCCAGAGGGCAGACAUAGAUGACGGACUGGAGCAGGAAAUGACAAGAUAAACACACACACACACACACACACACACAGAAGGAGAGAGAGAGAAUGAGUGAAAGAGAGAGAGAGUCCUCAAUUUUCCAGUAAGGUGACGCACUUCCACUGACAAUCACACCUCUUCUUCUUCAUUUUCUUAACCCAUAGAGGUACAGUAGAAACAUUAGCACCAGACUCUUGUGUUUGCUCUGGAUGUUUUCCCACAAUUAAACAUUGGAGAAACAGAAGAAUUAGCGCGACCCAUUACGUCUGCCGCAGGUUUCCAACGAACUGAGGAAUAACAAAAGGCAAACAGGCCUAAUGUGCCCAUUUCUGAUCAUUCACUCAACACAUUCCAUGUUUUUUUAACAAGGGGGGGGUGGAGAGAAAGAAAGAAAAAGAAGAUCAAAUCAAGUAGUCAUGCUUCCUCAACAAUUGAAUCACAUGUUUGCCUCGCUUGUGUGAACGACGGUUCUGAAGCAUUUCCAGGAGAUAAAACUUCACUUCAAAAUACCAAAAAAUGUCUCCUAAAAAUGCGACUUAUCGGAUCAUUUUCGUGACCAAAAGCAUUUAGAUUUUUUUUUGGUUUAAUUCCUCUUGCACAAGUUUUUUUUUGUUUGUUUUUCUUUGUAUGCAGUUUCAUAAAUAGAGUAUCCAAAGAGUGUCCUAAGCUUACAAUGCCGAUCAUCUCAUUUUGAAGUGUUGAAGCAGUUUUCGAAUAAAAGAUAAACGUUAGAUGUACACUGCCUUAACACACACACACACACACACACACAUACUGUAUAUAUACAUAUGAACUAUUGUGACGCCUCCUAAUAUGCACUGCUUUCAAUAACGAGGGGGUGGAUGUCUCUUUUCUUUUACAUAAAUAUAUAUAUAUAUAUAUUAUAUUGAUUUAUGUGAAUGACGCAGCAUUUUAUAUUCCUAAAAUAUAUAUUACAUUGUAUUCAGGUGAGAUGCCAAAGUUCUACAUAUGGAGCCUGUGACGCCGUCUGUCCACGUUUCCUUAAUGAUUCCUAUGCUCAAUUCUACGUUUACAAUCAUGUAAAAAAAAAAAAAAAGGAAAUGUUUCUGACGUUUGGCUCGUGGAAGCUGGAAAGAUUUAGAUUUAGUACAUUUUGAAGAUGGUGGUUUUUGUGCUUCAUUUUUAUGGGUGCCAUUUUAUUUCCUCCCAAAUUUGAUUGUAAUAAUAAGUGAUUUGUCGCGGUGUAACGAAAGUGUCAUGUUUCUGUGUGUGCACGUUGUGUAUCAGAGUGCCUUUCGUGUGCAGCACACCUUUUAUUUUUAAUCUCAGUGCCGUCGCACUGUGCUGUAAAAGCACAGUAUAUGGAUUAUUGGUUUGAAAUAUGCAACACGUCUGGAUUUCUACCUUAAAAGUGUCGGAGUGUAAAAACACAUUAGUUUAGAAAGUUAAAGGAAAAAAAGACUCAAUCUGAAUUUUUAAUAUUCGAUAUGGACCUAUUUGAUAAUAAGAUUAUAUUUUGUAAUAAUAUUAGUGAAGCUAAUAUCGGUCUUUUAAUGAUAUCUCUCAUUGAGCCAGUACAGCACAAGUGAAUUCGACUUUUCUUGAAUGUAAUCUUUAUUCGAUCAUUUUCCUAUUUUCUGUAAAUACAAAGUGUCGUUAGUCCGUUUGUUAUGAUAAAGUUUAGACAGCAAUCUUGUUGUUAUGUUAUGUAUUUUUAUUUGCAUUCAUUUAUCAUUAUAUCUUGUUAUAUCUGUUUUAUCACGUUGUUUGGAGGUCGUUUCCUCUGAAGGGAAUUAUGAUACAUUACCUUAAAACUUGUUCAAGUGUCCCCUGAAUCGGUUCUGUUUUUUUUUGUUCUUGCGAUUGUUAUAAUUAUUAUUUCUCAACCCUUGAAGAAAUCUUUAGCAAUGAAAAGGGUUAUUAAGUCUAAUUUCUUUGUUGAUAGUUGUGUUGUAUGUGUCUACUCGACUUUGUGCCCUCUUAAAAAGUCUGUUCCAUGCUAUUUUUGUAUCCUGAAAAAGUAGAAAUAAAUAAUAACCAUACACAUUA